CGUCGAUCCUUCGAUCUAUUCAUCGGCCAGAAUCGAUCCGUGUCUUUUUCCUCAACGUUUCUUAUUUUUUAAGCACUCUCCUGAAACCAUCCUCGAACAAAAGGGGCGGAUGUGUCCAGUGUUCGGGUAGCAGAUAAGAGAAGGGGGGGAGAGAGAGAGAGAGAGAGAGAGAGAGAGAGAGAGAGAGAGAGAGAGAGAGAGAGAGAGAGAGAGAGAGAGAGAGAGAAAGAAGCAGGGGUGGGUUUUUGGUGGAGGGUGGUGCAAUGGCGUUCAAGAUAUCGAGGAGCAUGAAAAACCAGGUGCGAGUGUACAAACUAGUAGAGUUUUUAGAAAGUGGAGCUGGUUUUCUGGUACUUACUGUCCUGACUGUUGAUGUGGGAACCUACGGAACGGCGAUGAGCGCGAGGAUCCUAUGGCUCUGCGUAGCGCUGUUUGUGCUGGAAGUAGUGUCGAAAGUGAUGAGGGGAAUCAUCUACAAGGAGUAUUUCCAGGGUAUGUCGUGCGCCCAGGUCUCUAAGAGUCAAGGGCAAUCCUCCCGGAUGAUUCUUGGAAGUUUCCAUGUGCUGAACGGGAAGGUUCGCUCAACUUUCGCCUACGUGUCUCUCAGUGCGUUCGUCCGUUUAUGUGCGAUGAUUGCCCAGUUGGGUCUGGGAGUGCGGCUCUAUCGAGCUAUCCCGGAUCUGACGAGGCGUAGAGAUUACCACGAGGACUGGGCGAAGAUGCGAGCACACGAGUUCAUUGCUGUCACUUGUAUUUGUCUACUCUUGCACUCUUUGCUCAUGUGCAUCUUGAUCUUCUUCGGAUUAGAGUAUGCCUUGUUCAGAACGUGCCUAUACGCUCUCGAGUUUCGAAGGUGUCGGGACAUGCAGCUAACUGACAACGGACACUUUCCAUUUUGGGAAAGAUUCGAGCGGAUUCGUUUGGAGAUCGAGACCGGUGUUACUUGGUACUUCCACUACAAUCGUCACUUCUGCUUCCAAGCGGUCGAGGCCCACUCGAACAAGACGGAGUGCGGGCUUCCUGGCUACUGGUUCUACAGCGUGAAGGAGCUCGUGGAUAUGGUGAGAGAGGACUUGCCUGAUCUGUACGAGGAGGUUUAUGAAGGAAGAAAAGGCAAGACUUCAGGCAAGAAAGUGGACAUGGCGCUAGGGUCACUGAAGCACCUCUCCAAGCAGAACAAGAUGGGCGGAUGCGAGUUGUUUGCUUCGGACGACGAGAUGGCCAAGCAUAUGCAGGACCUGAGUCAGGCUAGCCGGUGCAAGACGGACGUGGACGCAAGUCGGGAUUUUGCUCGUGCUCAAGGGUAUUUGGCAAUGCUGCGAGUGAUCAAGAGCUCCGCACCCAACUCCGACUACAUCAAGAUGGCUGCUUCCAUCCUCGCCGGCUUCGCCUCAAGCCUCUCCGUCCUCCCCUGGCAACCAUCUCCUCUAGGACUGGGAGAUGGUUUUGACUCGCAGCAUUUCAUACUCAGUAUGCUGCAAGACGACGACUUCCGCUCCUGUACGGUCCAGUUGCUGCACAGUCUGAUAAAGCAGUUCGCUUCCGUCUCCCCGGACUCGCCGCUCAAUGGCAGCAGCACGUUCGACCUUCAGGACGCAACUCUCUCUGCCAUAUGCUCCUUUGCUAAUGCAGCAAGCGACAUACAUGCUCACCACGACGAUCUGAAGACCCGUGGACUUUGCCCUUCGUGCCUGACUGAUGCGGCAAGGAGAGACGCACCAGCGGGGCAGGAGGACUGUUGUGAGGUGCAAAUCACUCCUUCCCGAUCAGGGGGGGAAGGACCAACAAAAAGGAGAGAGGAGGAUCCGGAGUACUACAAAAUGCAAUUCAGCAAUAGUUUCACGACGCUUCGUCCACUAGGCUGGCCUCUGGAGACACCAAUUCCGGACUUUCACGGAGCUGACAAUGUGUGGGUGUGUGCCCUAAAUGGCGUGAGGUCUGCACUGGGUAAGCAGGAAACAGUGGACAUCUUACUCAAUGCUGCAAUCCACUGGCCGAAUCUAUCAAGCAGCAUAGUGACCGACUGUGUCCGGACUCUAUCCUGUCUUUGGUCCCGAAGGAUGAUCAAGUGGCAUAGAUUUGAUGAGCAACUGUUGAAUGAUUUCCCUCAGCCUAUGGCCUUGAUAGAAGACUUGGAGAGGGCGGAUGCGGUGAGAGAGAAGCUGAAGUCGCUGGUUGAUCGCUUUAGUGAAUUUCCUCCUGACUCGAUGAUCACGGCACCGUUCUGCAACCUGCACGUGGCUAAGAUCCUCAUCUCUCAGGGGAUCAGGGAUGUAGAUGCACAGGUUGCAAAGAUUCUGUUGCAGUGUCUGUGCUACUGGAGGCGAGCGUUAGGCUCCAGAGAGCUGGACUGGUUUGCUUGCGAGACCAUAGAGACCCUGCGGGAUCUGUUUGUCACAUCAACGGAGCAGGACUCUCUCAAGCUCCAAAUCUGGCAAUCUUCAGGAGGGGUUAAUUGCCUGAGAUUGAUGCUCAAUGACAAGGUGAGUGUCAGUCGAUCGGUGCGCUUCUGCAGGGAGGCGCAGACUUUCGGUCACCGAUUUCGGGAGCAUAUGGUGAGCGUGCAAGAUGGGGGAGAGCAGCCCUGGGCCUACGAUGCAGGCACCCAUACCAAUCGGUGUGUGGCUGCUGCAGCACGGCUCUUCGCAGAGCUGAUCCAAUCAAACAAGGGGUUCAACAUCCUGUCACAACCACAAGAUGGCGAGGCCUUUUUCGAGACCCUAAUCAUGAGCUUGAGCUCCAUACUUGCUCCGGAACCGGACCAGAGGGCAGGCCAACUGGAUCGCUCACGUACAGAUGGCCCCCCCGGAAGGUCCAUACCGGGGACGAACACCACAUCUCGUUCCUGCAGCUCAAUCCUCCCUCUACUCAACAUCACAGCACGCUUGGUCUUGCUCUUCUGGGAAUCUCUGGGCAACCCUGCCUGGCGGCCGGUUUUCGGUUUGUUCGAGAACAUCAACUCCGCUCUCACUGAGAGUUCCGAGCACAGGCUCGAGUACUUCGAGACGGCAGUCAACAACCUAUUGGCCAAGGUGUACGCAGCACGAAUCGCUUCUUAUGUCGUUGAUCGAUGCCCCCAGCUCUUCGAGACUUCUCACACUUUCUGCUCCCGCCACCUCCUCAACAUCUUUCUUCCUCCCUUAGUCGACCAUUUUGUACUCCCCGGAGCCUUCCCAAGGUUGCAGAGGCGUCUGGGGCUUGAUGAGUGGCAGGUCCGGCUUCGCGAAGAGGCCAACAAUCUGAUUGCAAAGGUGCUGAUCAGGGUCAUACCUCGUGCGUAUGAGCUGCAACAGCAUCCUACGGAAGGGAGAGGUGAGAUGGAGCGCGCCUUAGACGAUCUCAAUGAUUGGGCAAUAAGGCUUCACAUUGGGAAUCGGGAGGAGAGGCAGAAGAUGCCAGACAUGGUCUCCGGGCUUGUGGACCUGGUGCACCGUCUUCACUCGGAUGCGAAAAGACGACCUUCGCAAGUGAUGGACCCAGCAGAGUCUGUCUGAGCUUUGAUACUUGGAGAAAAGAAAAGAAAAGAAAAAACAGCGUGAUGAGAAAAGGACACAGGAUAUGGAAGAGUUGAGAGCCUCCUACGGUCUUCGCCCGAAUAAAACGCCUCGGCAUUA